CGCUGUGCUGGAACCGCAGCCCCGCCACUCAGAGGAUGGAGAGGAAGGCGCGUAGCCCCUCCAGGGAGCGACACCGGCGCAGCCGGGCCUCCCCCGGGGAAAGCGGGAGGGCAAAGGCCGGGAGGAGCGCCGGAGGUCGCGGGCGCCGGGAGGCUGGGCCAGAGCGGCCGAGGCCUCAGCCCACAGCGACUCCCGCGGAGCCACGAGCUCCCGCUGCCACCGUGGUGGACGUGGAUGAGGUGCGAGGCUCUGGGGAGGAAGGCACCGAGGUGGUGGCGCUGCUGGAGAGUGAGCGACCAGAGGAAGGUACCAAGUCCUCAGGUUUAGGAGCAUGUGAAUGGCUUCUUGUCCUUGCCUCCCUGCUCUUCAUCAUCGUGACUUUCCCUUUGUCCAUCUGGUUCUGCAUAAAGGUUGUACAGGAGUAUGAGAGAGUAAUUAUAUUCCGACUGGGACAUCUGCUUCCUGGAAGAGCCAAAGGUCCUGGUCUGUUCUUCCUUCUGCCUUGCCUAGAUACUUACCACAAGGUUGACCUUCGUCUCCAAACCUUGGAGAUACCCUUUCAUGAGGUUGUGACCAAAGACAUGUUUAUAAUGGAGAUAGAUGCUGUCUGCUACUACCGAAUGGAAAACGCCUCUCUUCUCCUAAGCAGUCUUGCUCAAGUGUCCAAAGCUGUCCAAUUUCUUGUGCAAACCACCAUGAAGCGUCUCUUAGCACAUAGAUCUCUCACAGAAAUUCUUCUGGAGAGGAAGACCAUUGCUCAAGAUGUAAAGGUUGCCUUGGAUUCAGUGACCUGUAUCUGGGGAAUCAAAGUGGAGAGAACAGAAAUUAAAGACGUGAGGUUGCCUGCCGGGCUUCAGCACUCGCUGGCUGUGGAGGCCGAAGCACAGAGACAGGCCAAAGUGCGGAUGAUAGCUGCGGAAGGGGAGAAGGCUGCCUCCGAGUCCCUGAGGAUGGCAGCUGAGAUUCUGUCAGGUACCCCGGCUGCGGUUCAGCUUCGAUACCUCCACACUCUUCAGUCUUUGUCCACAGAGAAACCUUCCACUGUGGUUUUACCUUUGCCUUUUGACAUGCUAAAUCUCCUGUCCUCUCCCAGUGGUCGAACUCAAGGAAGCAUCCCCCUCCCGAAUUCUCCCAAACCUGUUGAGCCACUAAAUCCCAAAAAGAAAGAUUCUCCCAUGCUAUAGGGUAGAUAGGCAAAGCAUAAUGUGACUGUAAAGGAUCCGUGUGAGACACUCCAGCCUCACUUUCUGCCCUUCUUUGGUUGCCAAAUGGAAUGUCUUUGGAACGCCUUACAUCACAAUGCAGACACAGAUAUGAGAAGAGGGUGAGGUUGUAUAAGGAUGGAGAAGCGAUCUAACAAGUUAGGUGGAUCAUCUAAUCAGAGGAAUUAUGGGAAGGAGCUUUAGGAUACAUUCUCAUGUGGAAAAACUUUGAUUCUAAAAGUGGUUCAAUUAGAUUUGUGAAGCCUUAGUUCAGAUGUCCUUUUUACUGUAGUCGCUGGGGCCUUUGGCAAGGUGUUUGCAGCCCCGUAUCCCUUUCUCUGAGCCCUUAUCAUUGUGCUUAUCACACUCAAUCAUAACCAUGUAUUUAAGAUUCAGCCUUCACUCCAGCUACACUACCAGAUCAUUAAAGGAGCUGCACGCUCACCACUGCCCACCGCACUCCGUCUUUUAGCUCCACCCCAGUUCCUCACCCCUCAUCCUGAUAGUCGUGCAGCAGUGACCGUCAGUGUUCCGAGUAAAUGGAAGAAGAGAUGUGCUCAUGCUGGACAUUAAAUUUACACCCAGUGAAAAGAAUUUAAAAGGAAUUCUUUGUAGGGAGAUUCCUUUUUUAAUAAAGAAGUUAAUAAAAGGGUAAAAACCAUAUAUGUAUAUUCUUUAAAACUGAGGCAGAAUCACUAUAAAUAGGAGCCAAGAGUAAUGUGUUUCAGUAUAGAAUUUACCAGAUUGCGUGUUUCUUCAAACAGUAUGAUCUAUACAUGCCCGGCAGUAGUCUUUUCAGCUUGCUCCUGACUAUGCUACUACAGUGUUCUUUAGCAUUGGGUCUGCUGGGGCAAUGAGCAUUCCCGUGCCCUCUAAAAUUCUGGCUUGUGUUGGUGCAUUUGCUCAGUAGAGGAUAAGAAUUAAGUAGAGGACGCAGAAGUUAAAUCCUUUGAAAAGGGGUCAUUAAUUGCACUUCCAACUUUUUCUGAGGUUAGAGAAGCACUAGAGCAAUAUAGCUGAGAGCUAUAUUAUAAAGAUAUAACAAACAGGUCCCAUGACCUCUCAUCAGAAAAACUACUUUUUGGGAGGCGAGAAAAACCCACUCCCAACCACAACUAGAUAUCCAACAGACUAUGCGGUGAACAAAGUAACAAUGGUAAUCCAUCCCCCACUUUCCACUCUGGUCAUCCAAGUAGUCAAACUGAGGCAAGAAAAAGGAGGAGACUGCUGUCAGACUGUAACUGUUGCCCACCAUGAGGAGAAACUCUCUUUGGUCCUGCUUUUACUGUGCUAUGAUCGUAAGUGCAUGUGUACUUUGAAACAAAUGCUCGUAAUGUCAUGGUGGGAAUGAAAUAUAGAAGACCACACAUGCAA